AUGCCAGCUACGCCCCCGAGCUCAAACUGGGUUACGCCAGACAGCCUGGACACAGGCGGCAACAGGAGUCACGAGCAAAUCCAUGCGGUUCUAGAAGCAGCCAACUUCAAAUACCUUCAAGAGGUGGCGCUUCUCUCCCGCAAGGCUCGAGAUGAAAACGCACCGAAAGGCAUCACCUGCACCAUUAAUCCGAAGUCUUUUACGUGCGGCAUGAACAACCUGGUGUUGAAGGUUGCCUUCUCCGACAACGUCUAUUGGAUUGCCAGGGUUCAACACAGCCCGGUGGAUUCGUCUCAUGCCCGCGAACACACCUUGGACAUGCUGAGUGAAAUCGCAACGAUGAAAACACUCCACAGCCGUACAUCUAUACCAGUUCCAAUGGUUUUCGACUUCGAUACUUCGCCAUCUAAUGAGUUUGGCUUUCCAUACAUCCUCAUGGAGUGUUUGAACGGCCAGAUUCUUGACUCCACUAUUGCCCGCCAGGUACCUGCUGAGUAUCUACAACACGUUGCACGGCAGUUAGCAGAAGUCCUGUUCCAGCUUGAAAAUUUGACCUUUGAUCACCUUGGGCGACUCUGGUGUGGAGAAAACUGCGAUGAGCCCCCCCGGAUCAUUCCUUGCGAGCAAGGCAAUGAGGCUACGACCACGCCACGCACCCAAACAUCGCUGGAGUGGUUCUUUGAGCUCAGACAGGAUGAAAAUCGGCGUGCUCUUGAGACACAUGCCGACGACCCAGAAUGGAGGACCGCCUGCUGGAUUUUGAAGACAGCAAUUUCUCACUUCAUUAUUGAGGACAGGCUUCAUGGGCCUUUCCCCCUGUGCCACUUCGAUCUUCAUUAUGGGAAUCUUCUUUUCGACGACGAGUACAAUUUGACAGGUGUCAUUGACUGGAGUCAGAGCGCGACCGCCCCAUUAGAGCGUCUAGCUGUCUCGCCAGAGUUCAUUACAUUUCCCGCCUUGCCGGACGAAAAGAAUCAAAUCAUUCUUGACUUCAGGGAGGCUACUCGCCACUGUUUGCAAGAGCUUGUGAAUAGGGCGCAACGAUCAUCACCGGCUGUUGAGCGAAAAACGACACUCUCUAUGAUUCUCGGCUCCAAACAAGCCGACAUUACUCAUCGUUGCACCUAUAGCCGCCCACAUCGCGCAUUAUGGGAUGGGCGAUUGGUAUCUAGCCUGAUCUACGGGGCUAAUAUUUCGUGGGAGCAACUCGUUGCCGUGUACGGAGAAGUCCAACUUCAUUAG